AUGUUUCAAGCACUAAAAACAAUUGUGUCUGAUCUAAGUCCUAAGACAAUUAUGGUCGACUUUGAAAAAGGUGCAAUGAAUGCAAUAAUUUCUGAAUUUCCUGAAGCAAAACUGAAAGGUUGUUUCUUUCAUUUAUCGCAAUGUAUUUGGCGACAAAUUCAAGCUGCAGGCCUCCAAAAAAAAUAUAUACAUGACGUAACUUUUGCGCUACAGGUUCGUAAAUUACCAAGCUUAGCUUAUGUACCAGAAAAUAAGGUUAUUGAGUCUUAUGAAAAAUUGUUGGAUACCAAAUACUUUAUUGAAAAUGAUGAACUACUAUCACCAAUUCUUAAUUAUUUUGACGAUACAUGGAUAGGACGUACUGACAGGCGACAAAAAAGGCGAUCGCCUACUUUUAAAAUUUCGAUUUGGAACUGCUAUUCCUUAGUUUCUGAAGAUUUACCAAGAACAAAUAAUGCUGUUGAAGGAUGGCAUAAUUGA